CCAUAACAAAACACUUGCUUAGGUAACUGGAAAACUCUGGCGGUUCCAUUUAAAGCUACGCGCAAGCGGGCUGUGAUUGGCCAAUCUCAUAACCAAGGACAAGGAUCUUUAUUUCACUAUUGGAAAAAAACGAGGGCGCUGUCUGAGGGGGCGUGGUUUACAAAUCAGUCUGAGUUUAACGAGAAAAAGCAAGCAGGUCCCUCCGGAGGAUGGUAGGAUAUGACCCCGGUUCGGAGGGUCGGGUGCUCUCUAACACGGAGGUUGCUGCUGCUGGAUCCCUAUCUGGAAUGGUCACUCGAGGCUUGAUUAGCCCACUGGAUGUCAUUAAGAUCCGCUUCCAGCUGCAAAUAGAGGGUCUGUCUGCACGUAACACAAAGGGGAAAUACAGAGGCAUCGCACAGGCUACCAGACUCAUUCUGAAGGAGGAGGGGGUGUCAGGGUUUUGGAAGGGGCACGUUCCAGCCCAACUCUUGUCUGUCUGUUACGGGGCUGUGCAGUUUGUGAGUUUUGAGUUACUGACAGAAGUGUUUUACAAAUCGCUUUCACUGGAUGCCAGGGCACCGGUAGUUCACUUCCUGUGUGGUGGGUUGGCGGCUUGUUCAGCCACUCUUGCUGUGCAACCACUGGACACGCUGAGGACACGGUUUGCUUCCCAAGGAGAGCCCAAGGUAUACAGAAAUCUCCGUCAUGCUGUGCUGACCAUGUAUAGGACAGAGGGGCCACUUACAUUCUACAGGGGCCUUACCCCCACCCUGCUGGCUGUGUUCCCAUAUGCUGGGUUUCAGUUCUCCUUCUAUAAUGUCCUGCAGAGAGCCUGGAAUUGGGUGCUGCCCCUAGAGAAGGGAAAGAGAGACAACAUCAGGAACCUGUUGUGCGGCAGCGGUGCUGGAGUGAUCAGCAAAACGGCCACUUACCCCCUUGAUCUUUUCAAGAAGAGACUUCAGGUUGGCGGUUUUGAGCAAGCGAGAGCAGCAUUUGGAGAGGUCAGGACUUACAAUGGCCUCCUGGACUGUGCAUUACGGAUUAGGAGAGAGGAGGGGCUUCGCGGUUUCUUUAAAGGACUUUCACCCAGUAUCCUAAAGGCUGCGUUCUCAACUGGACUCACCUUCUUUACUUAUGAAUUAUUCUGCAGCCUCCUUGUUAACAUCAAGAAAGCAAAAGAGGCUCCGCAGAGGAAGAACGAGAAUGUGGUGCACACACGGGGAUCCUGAGCCUGACAACCUGUGCAAGUGGUGCUGGGAACUUAUACUUGUGCUUACUCCUCAUUCACUUCUCUCCCACCAGCCUCCUGCAUCACAAGAUAAACAUUUGUCUCUUGCCCCCUUGUACUAGAGGGGGCCAAUGCCUUAUUGCCUUGUUAUACACUACACAGGUGCUAGAGAGAGCACAAGGCAGUUUUAUGGAAUGAUAACGUCUAAUAUUCUUUAUUUAUAUUCAUAUAAUGUCUUAUUUUUAUAUACCCAGUCUCUGUAAUAUCGUAUUUAUUAACAUUAUAGCUUCAAUAAAUAGCUCAAACUAA